AUGACUCCUUUUAUGACAGCAAAACUUGGUGGUAAAUUUGUGACAGUGGAUGCAUCUAGAUUAUUUGUUUCAACAUUGCAAGUUAUUCUUGUUCCUGUGCUGGCUGGUGCAUUUCUGAAUCAGUUUUUUCAACCAGUUGUGAAAUUUGUCUCUCCAAUUAUGCCACCCUUCGCAGUAACAAGUGUGGCAAUUUUAUGUGGAAAUGCUAUUGCUCAGAGUUCUUCAGCAAUCCUUGUGUGUGGUGGAGAAGUUAUUUUAGCCAUCUUUGUUCUUCAUGCUUCUGGCUUUUUCUUUGAUUACGUUUUUUCAACGUUGAUUGGGCUAGAUUUGUCAUCAUCACGAACCAUAUCCACUCAGCUCCUGUUCGUUGCUGGUGGUUUGGUGUUGCUGUGGUGCUACAUAGAAUGCGAUUGCAUUGGAGUUGGGGUUGGGGUUAAGGUUGGGGAUUAUUCGGGCUGGGUUCACAGGGAGGGAGCAGCACCUGAAGACGCGGUUGAGAGCUGA